AUCGUUACCUUCCUCACCUUGAAUUUAAAUGAUAUGGAAAGGCAUACAAAAGAAGUUUGGAUUGCGCAGGUCACAUUGCCAUUUCACAAUCUUCCUUCGCUCGCUUCCAAUCCAGAUACUCAAAUUCUUAAAUUAGGGUUAAAUUAGGUUUCUACGAAAUAUGGGGCAAGAUGGUGGAAAAAAAGAGAAUGUAAAAAAGAAGAGAGCUGGGGAGGGUGCAAAUGCAGAGGAAGGUGUAUGGGUUGAUGUAGGUAGGGCAGAGAAGAGAGUGUGGAUAUGGAAGGUGACUCCCUCUGUGUCACGAGCAUGGGACAGAGCUUUUCAGGAGAACCAAAGCUUGGGCACUGUUACUGUGGCAAUUGAUCUGCUGAAUCAAAACAAAACAUCACAGAAUAAUACUAUUGAAGAUCCAACUAUACCUCCUUUUAUGAAAAAAAGUGGAAGUAAGGAUAAAACUAAAGACAAUUCUUUAACAAAUGAGGUACACAAAGAGACUACACUUGAUUUGCCUAAUUAUGGAAUUGGCAUACAUCAAAACUAUUCAAUUGAAUCAUUAGAUCUUCCAAGCCCAUUAUAUAUAUUCUCCGAGACAAAUGAAGGGAAGGUCAUUAUUGAUGGUAUUGUACACAAAAAGUUUGAUGCAAAACAAAAGUUCCAACUUAAUCAACAAUUUCUUCAUGUGAAAAAACAAAAAGGACCAAAAAUAAAGGAAUGGGACCAUACAUCUCAAAUAACUACAACUACACCAAUUAUAUUCAAUAUACCUUCGCGAAAAGCUUCAUCACUUAAAGUUCAUCAAAACAAGAAGGUGAGGAUGGAACGUUCAAACCUUCAAGAUAAACUAUUUCAAUUGUUUGAAGAGCAACCACGCUAUGCACUAAAUGAUCUUAUUGUGAAGACGGUACAACCUAAGGAAUUCUUGAAGCAAAUAGUAGAAGAGAUAUGUGAUAAGGUGAAGGUGGGUUCAAAGGUUGUUUAUCAACUAAAACUUGAGUAUAAGAGGUCCGAUGUCCAAAAUAUGGAUGAAGGUGUAUAAAUAAUUGAGAUUUUCAAAAUAAAUUUGAAUUUGUGGUAGAUUAUUUAUGGGUUAUAUUCAAUUACAUUGAGAGAGGUAAAAUCUAUUGUUACGAGCUAUUUUUUAGUAAGUUUUUAAAAUUUAUAUUUAGAAUGUACUUGAA